CCUGCAAAGUUUUCUUUGCCAAGGACCCUCUGAAGAUCGUGCGUGCUCAGGGCCAGUACAUGUUCGAUGAGAAAGGAGAAAAAUACUUAGACUGCAUCAACAACGUUGCACACGUUGGCCACAGCCAUCCUUACGUGAUAAAGGCUGCGACGAAGCAGAUGGAACUGCUCAAUACCAAUUCCCGGUUCCUGCACGACAACCUCGUUCAGUACGCGCAGCGUCUCACAGCCACCCUGCCCGAGAAGCUCUCCGUUUGCUAUUUUGUUAACUCCGGGUCUGAAGCAAAUGAUCUUGCUUUACGGCUGGCUCGGCAGUACCGUGGGCACCAAGACGUGAUCACCCUGGAAAAUGCUUACCAUGGACACGUAACAUCUCUGAUUGACAUCAGCCCCUAUAAAUUUAAUCAGCUGGGAAAGGACAGCAAGAAGGAGUUUGUGCAUGUGGCUCCUUCUCCAGAUAUCUACAGAGGGAAAUACAGGGAAGACCACCCAGACCCCGCAAGUGCUUAUGCUGAAGAGGUGAAAAAGAUUAUUGAAGAAACCCAGAAGAAUGGGCGUAAGAUUGCUGCCUUCAUAGCCGAAUCCAUGCAGAGCUGUGGGGGCCAAGUAAUUCCACCCGUGGGCUAUUUCCAGAAAGUGGCAGAGUACGUGCGUGCGGCGGGUGGAGUGUUCAUAGCCGAUGAGGUCCAGGUUGGCUUUGGCAGAGUUGGGAAGCAUUUUUGGGCAUUCCAGCUGCAAGGUGAAGAUUUUGUGCCUGACAUCGUCACCAUGGGAAAGCCCAUUGGCAACGGUCACCCUAUGUCUUGUGUGGUCACAACAAGAGAAAUCGCUGAAAGUUUCGGUGCCUCCGGGCUGGAGUAUUUCAAUACAUUUGGAGGCAAUCCAGUGUCUUGUGCUAUUGGUUUGGCUGUGCUGGACGUAAUAGAAAAAGAAGAUCUCCAAGGAAAUGCUACACGUGUAGGAAAUUAUCUCCUGGAGUUGCUGGCUGAGCAAAAGGAGAAACAUCUCUUAGUGGGAGAUAUCAGGGGUGUUGGAUUGUUUGUUGGAGUGGAUCUGGUGAAAGAUCAACAAAAGCGAACACCAGCCACAGCUGAAGCCCUUCACCUUAUUUACAAGCUGAAAGAGCAUCGAAUCCUUCUUAGUGCAGAUGGACCCCACAGAAAUAUUCUGAAAUUUAAACCACCAAUGUGUUUCACAGCCGAAGAUGCGAAACACGUAGUGGAGACAAUUGAUGCUCUUCUCACAGAAAUGGAAGAAGCAACUGGAUUGAAGACAGAAAAUAACACAGCUACAAAUGCACAGUGUAAAAGAAAAGCAACUGAAGGGACUUCUCAACCAGAAGGUGCAAAUGAAACCAUCGGCCAUCUGAAUGGAGCUGCCUGCCGGCAAGAAAACGGGCUUUAUUCUAAAAAACGCUCAGUGCCAAGUAAAAGAAUAAGAACAUGAAGAGGGGAAGGUUUCCUCAUCCAGUCUGAAUUUGUGUCCAGCUUGCUUUUGAGAUGGAGAGUGCAAUAGUCCCAGUCCUAGGGUCUGUUUGAAGCCUAGUCCUACCUUCCAUAAGCUGGCUGAAUUCCUAUUAGCUUCAGUAGGAGUUUAAAAUACCUUUUCAGAUACAUGAGAACUGCACCGUGUGGCUUGAAAUCUCGAUGUGACAGAAGGGACGAGGGCUACACAAAAACCUUGGUGCUGAUGGCAGGCUUGACGUAGGUACACAAACUCAGUGAAAUCUGGAUUUAUCCGUAUUACGCAGAAUCUGAAUU